GUUUGUCAGUCUCCCAGCUCUUCUACAUAAAAAGCAGAAUGACAGAGUUGAAAUCCUGUAAGGUGUGCAAUUUUACGCGUCAGAAAUCAUACGGACUGGUGGUUCCUUCUCUGGAAGAAUUAAAGACAAAAGGGUGUGAGUUUCUUGGUUUCAGCUCUGAUUCUCCUGUAUCAGUGGUGCUAGAAGAUGAUGGGACAAUAGUUCAAGAUGAGGCCUACUUUUUGUGCUUACCCUUAAACACCAAGUUCAUGCUCUUGCAUGAAAAUGAGACUUGGUCUCCAGUUUGCAGAAUUGAUGGGGGUACAGCCUGGAUGACCAGGGAAUCUGUGGUUUUGGAGUCUGAUGCUGUGGACAGCUCCAGCAGGAUGGAACCUUGGUUGAUCCUGGCCCAGCAGCUGAAACAAGACCUGGCCAGCCUCAUCCUCAUGUCAGAGGAAGAUUUGCAGACGUUAGUGGACACACCUUGCUCUGAGCUGGCUCCUGCACUAGGCUUCCAGGAGAAGAAGGCUAAGAACCUUCAGGAGACCCUGCAGAGAGUGUUGGACCGCAGGGAAGAGGAGCGGCAGUCCAAGGAGCUGCUCCAGCUCUAUCUCAAAGCUGUUGAGAGAGGGGACAGGCAGCAGGCAGAGCCCAGCCAAGAAGGGGCUGGUGACAUGGAUGAGAUAGAUGCAAUGGAAGUGGACUCUGCAUCGGGAUUCAUGACCAGGACUCUGAUGGUCCUGAAGGGCAAAACAAGCCCUGAAACCAGAGUCUCCACCGAGGAGCUGCAGAUGGUGGUGACUAAGGGAGGGGCAAUCAUGGAGCAGGUGCUAGGCUGGAACCCAGAGAGGACGUCAGGGCUGCUGCAGGCCUGUGAGGCUGAGCUGGCCAAGCGGCUCCAGCAGGUUCAGGCCAUGCGCUCCCUUAGCAGCCAUACCCAGCCAGACAGUGGUCAGCAGCUCGAGAUGGAGCGCGCCAAGGACAGUCAAGACAUGCCAGCCGAAAACAGCAAGUAGGCUAAAGCUGCACCUGA